AGCGCGCGAAAGUAGUGAAGCGCUCGAGCAGCAUCACCGAGCUCAGUCGCUGGGGUAGUCGCACGGAUAUCCUCCCUCGGAUUGCUUUUACACACCAGUUUCGACCUCACCUAUACGAUUUUUACGCAAACAGUUUGCGGAUAGGGAUGCCACUCUUGUGUCAACUGCUUGGAUUAUAUUUGGGUGUUGAAAUUGCAUUCGCAAUUGCGUAAAAGAGCCUUCCACACCUUUGCGUAACGUAGAGACGUAGGAUUGUCUUUUGCGCAGUUGGUUGUGUUUUGAGAAGAGGUAUCGGACUGAAUGUAACAAGGACCAGUUUGGAUCGCAAAAGAAGAACCAGCAUAGUUUAUAAGACCAUCUGCGUCUGGGCACCCUUUGGUUUUACGCAUCUCAAUUGGGUGCGCAGGAAUUACUGCACUGGACCGUCCUCGAGAUCGAGCGCGCGCCACACCGCAAACACUGCAGCUCAACCCAUCUAAUGCCUGUGUUUAGGUGAAAACCUAAAGAUUGCCAUGCCAGGACAGUGAGAAGGCAGAUACUUGUUCUUCCUGUACGGUAGCAUGGCUCCGUCCCGGAGGGACUGCAGAUGUGAGAUGAUCUUGCUGUCGGGAUGCCUACUCCUGUUCGUCUUGGGAUUUCGACCCGCAUUGGCGAAGGUUUGCAACGAUUACACGAGGCACGGCCUGGACAACAACUGGUACAUGAGGGACGGUGAGAAGUUGCCAAUCAUGGUCCUGAUGCCGAUGAACGAGUCGGCGCUGAUGAGCAGCAUCAGUCAAGGCAUCGAGCCUGCCGUCCAGCUGGCCAUCCAACACAUACGAGAGUCCAGACAGUACUCAUUCUCACUCAUCACCAAAAUAUACGACACUGAGUGUGACAAUGCAAAGGGAUUGCGGGCCUUCUUUGAUGCAAUCUGCUACGGUCCAAAGCAUUUGAUGAUCUUUGGAGGAGUUUGUCCAUCAGUGACUUCAAUCAUCGCUGAAUCUUUAGAGGGUUGGAACCUCGUACAGCUUUCUUUUGCGGCCACAACUCCUGUGCUGGCAGACAAGAAGAAGUAUCCAAAUUUCUUCAGGACGGUCCCUUCAGACAAUGCUGUGAACCCCGCUGUGGUUAAGUUUCUCAACUAUUACAAUUGGAGCAGAGUGGGAACCCUGACCCAAGACGUUCAGCGCUUUUCUGAGGUGCGUAAUGAUUUGACCAAUGAGCUGGAGAAGGCAGACAUCCAGAUUGCAGACACAGAGAGUUUCUCUAAUGAUCCCUGUGUGAAUGUGAAGAAACUAAAGGACAAUGAUGUCCGGAUCAUUAUUGGUCAGUUUGAUGAAAAUCUCGCCUCUAAAGUUUUCUGCUGUGCAUAUAACUUGAACAUGUAUGGCAGUAAGUAUCAAUGGAUCAUCCCAGGAUGGUAUCAGGGGAACUGGUGGGAGCAGGCAAACUCCACCAAUUGCACCACUAAGAAACUGCUAACUGCUAUGGAGGGUUACAUCAGCGUGGAUUUUGAGCCCCUCAGUGCCAAACAGAUUAAAGGAAUAUCAGGAAGGACACCACAAGAGUAUGCGAGAGAAUACAAUCGUGAGAGAGAGCAGAAAGGGGUGGAGGCCAGCAAGUUUCAUGGCUUCGCGUAUGAUGGCAUCUGGGUGAUAGCGAAGACCCUCACCCGUGUCAUGGAGCUUCUCAGCAAUAAGGAGAGGCAUGACAUGUACCACAACUUCACAGUGGAUGAUCGUGAGGUGGGCAAGAUGGUUUUGGAUGUGAUGAACGAGACCAACUUCUUUGGAGUGACGGGUCAGGUGAUGUUCAGGAACGGAGAACGCAUGGGGACCAUAAAGUUCACCCAGUUUCAAGAGGGUCAUGAGGUGAAGGUGGGCGAGUACAAUGCCAUCGCGGAUGUACUGGACCUUAUUAACCACACCAUCAGAUUCCAAGGUGUGGAACCACCGAAGGAUCGGACGUUUGUGCGUCUGCAGCGCCGGCAAAUAAACGUCCCCCUCUACAGCAUCCUGUCUACCAUCACUAUACUGGGCAUGCUGAUGGCUGGAGCUUUCCUGUUCUUUAACAUCAAGAACCGGAACCACAGGCUGAUCAAAAUGUCGAGUCCCUAUAUGAACAACCUAAUCAUUCUGGGAGGGAUGCUGUCGUACGCCUCCAUCUUCCUCUUUGGUCUGGAUGGAUCCUUUGUGUCAGACAAGGAAUUUGAGACCCUCUGCACUGUCCGUACAUGGAUCCUCAUUGUGGGUUACACAACAGCUUUUGGUGCAAUGUUUGCAAAGACCUGGAGAGUGCAUGCCAUCUUCAAGAACGUAAAGAUGAAGAAAAAGAUUAUCAAGGACCAGAAGCUCUUUAUCAUCGUGGGUGGGAUGUUACUGAUUGAUUUGUGCAUCCUCAUAUGCUGGCAGAUCGUGGAUCCCCUGAAGCGAACUGUGGAAGAGUACAGCUUGGAGGCGGAUCCUCAGGGACGAGACAUCGCUAUCCGGCCCUUCCUGGAACACUGCGAGAACACGCACAUGACCAUUUGGCUGGGGAUUGUCUAUGCCUACAAAGGCCUCCUUAUGUUGUUUGGAUGCUUCUUGGCGUGGGAGACCAGAAACGUGAGCAUUCCAGCCCUGAAUGACAGCAAGUACAUCGGCAUGAGUGUUUACAACGUGGGCAUCAUGUGUAUCAUCGGGGCAGCCGUGUCCUUCCUGACCCGGGAUCAGCCUAACGUGCAAUUCUGCAUCGUGGCACUGGUCAUUAUUUUCUGCAGCACCAUCACGCUAUGUCUGGUGUUUGUGCCAAAAUUUGUCACGAUGCGAACAAACCCGGAUGCUGCUACCCAAAACCGGAGGUUAAAGUUUACUCAGAACCAGAAGAAAGAAGAUUCUAAGACUUCAACUUCAGUAACUAGUGUUAACCAGGCCAACACGUCUCGUCUGGAUGGAUUACAGACAGAUAAUCACCGUCUCCGAAUGAGAAUCACAGAGUUGGAUAAGGAACUAGAAGAGGUUACAAUGCAACUGCAGGACACUCCAGAAAAAACUCCAUACAUUAAACAAAACCACUAUCAAGAAGUCAGCAAUAUCUUGAGCAUACGCAACUUCACGGAUGGCAAAGAUGGAGAGAAAUCUCUGAAGAACCAUUUAGAGCAAAAACCUCAGGCUCAGUGGGGAUCUAUGGAUCCAUCUAGGAUAAGCAGAGGUCCAUUAGAAGACAUCAACUCACCAGAACACAUACAGCGCAGACUGUCUCUGCAGCUGCCCAUCCUGCACCACGCCUAUCUGCCCUCCAUAGGGGGUGUGGAUGCGAGCUGCAGCAGUCCCACGGGCAGCCCGUCCUCCAGCCCCCGUCACAGACACAUGCCCCCUUCCUACAGGGUUAUGGUCUCCGGCCUGUGA